CAUAUAUCUUGCACGAAAGACAUGUCUUGUUAGCAGGAUUUGGAAUAUCUAUCAGAACUAUCAAAUGGAUGUACAAACUUGGAGUUUAAAGAUGUUUCGGUACCCAAAAUAAGAAAAUCUACUUUUUCAUAAAAAUGAAAACCUUGUUGAACUUACAUACCAUGGAAUACACAAAAUCCGGAUUAGAGAGGUUGUACGGUAUGGUGCUGCUUUUGAAUGUUAUAUUUUGGGGUGAGGGGUGUACAGAUUACAAUGUAGUGAACGGGGAGAGGUAUAUCGGUCCAGUGGUUUCUAUGGUUACCAUGCUGGGAUUACAGCAGUGUGUAAAGGAAUGUCUUGCAAGACCCGCUGAUUGUGGAGGUGUGAACUACAGGAAAACGCAUUUUCUCUGUGAAAUUGUGACAGAAAUAAAUCAAACUGAACCAGCCUCGGAGUACGUUAGAAUACUACUUGAUGACGGGACUUGUGACCAGGAAGAAAGUAUUUCGUGUCUGUCGGGCGAGAAACGUAUCCGAUUAUCCAGCAAUCAAAUGCAUUGUACCAGGGAUGACUAUGAACCAAAUGAUUGUACUGCGAUAUACAGAAUUUCAUCGUCCUUACCCAGUGGGCUGUAUCAAAUAAAAAUCCCUGUCAUUGGUUAUGUGCGUGUUUUCUGUGAAAUGGAGACCGAUGGAGGGGGCUGGACAGUUUUUCAGCGUCGAAUGGACGGCUCCGAAGAUUUUUAUCGAACAUGGACAGAGUACAAGAACGGAUUUGGAAAUCUGACAUCCGAAUUUUGGCUAGGUAAUGACAAACUGCACUAUUUACUGAGUCAAGGACCGUACGAGUUCCGGAUGGACAUGGGGGACUUUAACAACCAGACACGUUACGUAAAAUACACCACUAUUUCUCUUGGUAACGAGGCUUCUAAGUACGUCAUAUCCUUGAGCGGAUUCUCUGGAAACGUCGGUGAUUGUUUCACAUCAGCACAUCCAAUAAACAAUAUGAAGUUUACCACAAAGGAUCAAGACAAUGAUGCCAGAUCCCAAAACUGCGCAGUUCAGUUCCAAUCCGGAUGGUGGCACAAAAAUUGUCAUUGUUCUAACCCGAAUGGUCUCUACUUGGCGGGAGAAACAACAAUAUUUGCUAAGGGCAUAACAUACGAGCCUUGGCUUACACACUAUUACUCGCUAAAAACUAUCCAACUAAUGGUAAGAAGGGCGGUGUAAAAGUAUCAGAUGCAGGUCUAGACCGAAAGAUAGAAGUGUGCUGUAAAAGCCGUCCACGAUAGGACGGGAAAUUAGUUAGCAGAGGGUGUUAUGUGGAUAUUGUAUUUCCUAUCAUUACAAUUUAGAAGUGUAUGGUGGAAGAAUUUCUUUAUUAAAAAAUAUAGCACUGCGUACUUAAUACUGUCCUUCCGUGUCCUGUCUACAAGAAUCUUUGAGAAGAAAUCGAAGAGAAUGAAUUUUAAUCUCAUAGGAUAUAUGGAUGAUCACCCAGCCGAUGAAAUCUUUCAAUAAUUUGCCUGCUGUGAUUAAUCUAGAACGGACAUUUCUUUGAUAAUCAAAUUUCUCUGAAAUGAUCUACAAAAAACUAUAGAGAAAUACAUCGUGUAAUCACUCUCAAAGAAUUAUUACAAUUGAUUUAUAUAUCGCGUAAUUUAGAAUACGAAAUAAAUAGAUCAUAAGAGAUUUCCUAUCAAUUUGGUCAACACCUUUAUUGUACUGGCAACACACAAUGGCGUGCAGUCCAUGUUUUUUGUACAGAGAUAAAUUGAAUGAUUUUGAACUCUGUGCAGUUAUAAUUUUAUAUCAGACCUAAACCUCGGGUCCAAUAAACCUUAUAGCUUUAUAGGAUACGUACACACCGCUGUCAUCAUUGAAAAUCCCUUUCCCCACAUCUUGCCUUGUAUCAAAUUUUUAAAAAAAAUCUUUUUUUCUCCUUUGUUACAUCCCUUUUAAAGCAAACAAAUAUUCAUUCUGAAUAUUUUUUCACUUGUUUUCGUGUAUGUGAAACACUUUUUAGCUUGUACUGUAGCUGAACUUUUGUAACCAUCCGUAUUAUAAUCGUAGUUUUUUGUGUUUGUGGUGUAUAUUAAAG